GCAUUUUAAGCACUUCCGGUAAUUUUAGUUAUGGUGAUCGAAAGAUUUCGAUGGAACACUUUGCUCUUCGUGUUGUUGACAGUGUUUUUCGAUGGCUUGGACACAAGUAUCGGCGGUCAAAACACGCCUGUAACACAUAGCAGCAGCAUUGACCUACCAGCUUCAGGUUCUACUGAUCCAAGCCAGUCUACAGAGACUAGAAAUUUACAGGGUGCAGAAAAUCCUCAUGAUAUGUGCCCAAGUGGUGUGGACUGCCAUAACCUGGGAGGAGCAUGCAUUAAGUGUAACUUCUCCACAUGUGAAUAUGGGAAGACCUAUACGGCAGAGUGCACCGCCGUUGAGAACAUCACAUGCAAUGGAGCCCGAACGUUCCAGCGAAAGUACCUUUGUCGUUACUGCUACCAACUGGACCCCUGGUUGUACAAGUGUAAUGCCACAGCCUGCCCUAUCAACACCCCUCGCAAGACCUGGCCAGCAAGACCAUUCUAUACUGCUCUGUGUACAGCCAAGGAUGACAUUCUUUGUCUAGGCAACAGGAGGUUUUAUCGCCAGCAGGACUGUAACUGGACAAGUGGAUACAAGUGGUCCACUGCACUUAUCUUAAGCAUUACUCUUGGAGGUUUUGGGGCAGAUCGGUUCUAUCUUGGUUUGUGGAGAGAAGGCAUUGGCAAACUAUUUAGUUUUGGUGGACUUGGAGUGUGGACGCUUGUCGAUGUCAUCUUGAUAGCUGUCGGCUACGUGGGGCCUGCUGAUGGAUCACUGUAUAUAUAGUCAUGUCAUGGGACCAUCAUCAUUGUACAUAGCACAUACAUUUCAUCAUCAUUCACUAUUGGAGAAACUAUCAUGUUGUUUUACUUGAAUGUCCUUUUCACUUGAUGUCAGAUCUUUACAAUCAAUAGGUUCCUGAUGUUUGGUUAAAUCUUUUCAGAUUUGUCUAAAUUCAGUACAGUAGUUUUUAUAUAAAUUUACUAUUAUUGAGACUUUCACCUCUCGGGGAUUCACAAAUUUAAUAUUAUAUGUAUCUUUCAUUUGACAAUUAACUCAAAAGUUUAAUCUCUAUAUCAUGAUUAUUAUUUAUUUCAAGAAAUGUUUUAUCAUACUUUACACGUUUCAUAAGGACAGUGUUUUUAGACUGUUCUGUUGUAUAUAAUGUUUUACCUUAAGUGAAAAACUACUAGUAGUGUUCCACUGGUAGUUUAAAGAAAUCCAGUCAAUAAGAAAACCCACGGAACUGGUAUUGUUCAGCUGCUUAAUUUUCUACAGCAAUGUUUCUUGAAAGAGAAGGUCUUUAUCACUAUUUAUUCAUGGAGUUUGCUCUUUGAGGCCACACCUUAUUCUUUUAGCUUGUGGAUUUGACACACUAGUGCCAAGAAAUAUAAUCAGAAAAUAAUCAUAAAAAUAUCAAUGAUGUUUUUUUGUCCAUCUACUCCAUUUUCCCAAUCCAUCAAAGAUAAUGAUACAACUAUGAAAAUAUGAGAAUUGUAAUUAUAAGUGAUUACAAAUUGUGCAUGUGCUUAGUCUGAAUAAGCCUUCUCGGCCAGAAGACCAUGCAUGUGUAUAUGUUAUUGUACGAAAAGUAAAUAUUGUGCACUUAUAACACAUUGCUCUAUUCCCACUCAGUCAACCACCCUGAACAAUUGUAUGUAAAAUAAGACACAUGAGCUAUAAACUUGCUACAGUUUCAGUUUCUAGUUCAAGGCAAGCUCGAUGGUUAGCAGAAACUCAGUGAACAAUCAAACAUAGGGGCGUGUCGCGCUUAAAAACAGUGUUAGAAAGACAUAUAGCCUAUAUGUAAAGCAUCGUACUAGGGUAGAGUCUAUAUACCUGUCUUUCUGACGCUGUUUUUAAGCGCGACACGCCCCUGUGCAACCAAAUAAUCAGCAUGUGACCUUAGGAAUACACAUAGUUUGCGUACAAGUGUCUUGUGUGAAAGGGUAUGUUUGAGAGUAUCUUAAAAUAAAAGAAGGAAUGUG